AUGCGUACCUCCGGCUAUCUCGUGGCCAGCGCCCUGGCGUCGGCCGUCUCGGCCCAGAACUACCUGGGCUUCAGCACCGGCUCGACCAAGAUCGACGGCUCCGUCAAGGUGCAGGCCGACUACGAGGCCGAGUUCAAGGCCGCCCAGAACCUCGUCGGCGCCCCCGGCGUCUUCAACGCCGCCCGCCUCUACACCAACAUCCAGGGUGGCUCGGCCACGGACCCGAUCGAGGCGUUCCCGGCCGCCAUCGCCACCAACACCAGCCUGCUGCUCGGCAUCUGGUGCUCUGGCACGACCACCAUCAAGCCCGAGCUGACGGCCCUGCAGGCCGGCCUGACCAAGUACGGCAGCAAGCUGGCCGACCUCAUCAUCGGUAUCUCCAUCGGCAGCGAGGACCUGUACCGCAACUCGGUGACGGGCGUCGAGAACAAGGCCGGCGUCGGUGCCGACCCCAGCGUGAUUGUCGGCUUCAUCGACGACUACCGCAAGGCGUUUGCCAACACGGCGCUCAAGAGCGUGCCCGUGGGCCACGUCGACACGUGGAACGUGUUCCCCAACGCCACCAACAAGCCCGUCAUCGACGCCGUCGACUGGAUCGGCCUCGACGAGUACCCGUACUACCAGACGGGCCAGGACAACACCAUUGACAACGCCGCCAACCUGUUCAAGGCGGCCUUUGACGCGUCCAAGGCCGCCGUCGGCGACAAGCCGCUCUGGGUCACCGAGACCGGCUGGCCCUACACCGGCAUGACCUGGGACAAGGGCGUGCCCAGCGUCGCCAACGCCAAGGCCUACUGGGACGCCGUCGGCUGCGACCUGCUCUUCAACAAGGUGCCCACCUUCUGGUACGACCUCGUCGACGACAACGCCGGCAACAACGAGAGCUUCGCCAUCACCGACAACCUGUCCACCAAGGCCCGCUUCAACCUGACCUGCCCGCCCCCCUCGACCAGCUCGUCCAGCAGCGGCGCGGCCGCCUCGUCGACCCCGACCAAGAGCGGCAGCGGCAGCGGCAGUGGCAGCACCAAGACGACCGGCACGGCCGCCACCACCGCAACGGGCAGCAAGACCACGGGCUCGGGCUCGGCCUCUGCCUCGGCCUCUGGCACGACGGUUUCCAAAAACGGUGCCUCGGUCCUGAACCUGUCGAUUGGCACCAUUGUCGGUGUUGUUGCCUUUGCCUGCAUGCUGUAA